CGGGGUAAUUGUACUUCCAGUGCCAGCAAGUGAAGACGAGACGGACUCAAGACCACCCAAAACGGCCGUGCCACGUGCGCCCAAAUGGAUUGGAAUGCCUGACGGCGCCGCGGCCUUCCGGGCUCGGCGCUUCGACGAGGCUGAAGCCAUCUACUCCGAGGCAUUGCAAAGCUCGAGCAGUGCCGAGGGCCGAGCACAAGCGCUUUGUAGCCGUGCGCAGUGUCGUCUCAAGCUCAAGAACUUCAAGGGCGCUCGGGAGGACGCCGCCCUGGCACGUGCAUUGCAGCCGGAGAACCCCAAAACCUGGUACCGACUGGGCUGCGCUUUGGCGUGCGGAGUUCCCCGCUUCAAUGAAGCUCUGGAGGCCUUCGAAGAGGCCAAGCGGCGAGCGCCCGAGAACACGGAGGUGGAAAGGGCUUUGCAGACGCUGUUAAAGAGGAAGAGCGAGGCAGAAGGUCGUUAUGACUGGCUGGAGGUCUACGAGAAAUACUUUGAGACGGGGCCCUUGGCUGUGGCGGCGAACGAGAGGCCCGAACCCCUCGACGGAAGAGGAAUCGUUUUGCUUCAGCUUUCAACGUGCACUGUAGGUGCUUUGCACAUGUUCGCAGUUGUGCAAAACUGUAUGUAGAUAGUUCGUGGCUUGUCUACAUGCCAGAAAUCGUGUUCCUCUGAUGUAUGUGCACAGUUGCGGAUCAUUCACUACUGAUCAGUGAGGGGCCGUUUGCAGGAGCCGCUGCCAAUUCUGAUGUCAUUUCAUUUCUCAAUGCCGUGUUGUACUGUUGUACAAAACUCAGACUGAUGAUGUUUGGUACCAAUGGCCAAUUUCACACCACAGCCAUUGGGAACUUGGCUGCCAUAAUGGCACAAUGGGACUUGUACCUUAGUGUAACUUAGUCCCUUCGGCCAUGGUCGUAGGUCGGGUUGGCAGUGGUUUCAGGUUCAGAGAUGUUGAACGCAUGCAAUUCUGGAGAAAUCGUCAAGGAAUAAAGAGCAGGGAGAGAGAGAGAGAGAGAGAGUGAGUGAGG